CACAUUUCGGAGAGAGAGAGAGAGAGAGAGAGAGAGAGAGGGAGGGAGGAGUGCAGUACAAGUGUUCUCACAAGCACACGAGUGCUUCACAAGAACACGGUUUUAGCUGCAUUUGGGUCUUCUUGUCCAUCGUCCUUCUUCUUCUCCUUCUUCUCUCUGAACAUUAUCAUCUCUGGAGAAGCUCCUGGAAGAAGGAAGGGAAAAGAGAAAAAAGAACGGAAUACCCAGAUAAUCUGUUCCUGGUGAUUCGAAGCAGUGGGGCUUUUUGGGACGUUUCUUGGGAUAAUAAUGCUGGGAAAGAGGGCCAGGUCGGUGCUGAAAGAUCACCAGAUGGGUCAAAGAGCAGUUGCUAAUCCUGAUUGUGAGCUUGAUUUGAAUUCUAAAAGCAAUACCUUGUUCAAUCUCCCUGGCAUUUUUGUGGGUUUGACCCCUAAGAGACUAUCAGAGUCUGAGUCAGCCAAUAGUCCUACCUCUCCUCUUGAUUUCAAGGCAUUCUUAACUCUGACCAACCCUAACAAGUCCCCUAAAUCACCUCGACACAAAAAAAUUUGGGAUUGUAAUAAAGUGGGCUUAAGCAUUGUGUAUUCUCUUGAUCAUAAUGCUAAAGCAUUGCCUGGAAAAGUUCUUCAGUCAUCGGAUGGCAAGACCAUUCUUUUCGGUCCCCAGAUGAGGCUUAAAAAUCCGAACUUUGACACAAGUACUCGUCCCGUUGAGGCAGCUAAGUCGCUGCCAAAGAAUUACGCGUUCCCUCAUACCCGUUUGAAAUCUCCCCUCUGUGAUAUUAGCUCCGAUGUUGUUUUUGAGAUCGGAGUUGACCCUCAAGAUACUGAACCCUUUGGGAAAACCCGGUCGUGUUCUCUGAAUUCUUGCAUUUUGGUGAAUUCUUCUUCCGAAUUGAGCGGAUUGAAUCUGAAAUCAAACGACCUUUUGCAUGCUAACCAGAGUUCCUUGUCGAUGUCACCUGGCUCUGGAAAUGGAGUCAAUGGACUCAUCGGUUCUCUCCCGAAGAGCGAGAUUGAGCUCUCCGAGGACUAUACAUGUGUAACCUUACAUGGCCCUAACAAGAAAACAACCCACAUUUUUGGUGACUGCAUUUUGGAAUGCCAAUCUAAUGGGACAAUGGAUCUUCAUGAGACCAUUCAGAACAAUCGGCUGAGUUUGCUGAGUAAGACUUCUGAGACUCUGGCAAUGCAUCCAUCAGACAACUUCUUGAGCUUCUGCUUCACCUGCAAGAAGAUUCUGGAAGAGGGAAAAGAUAUCUACAUGUACAGAGGCGAGAAAGCAUUUUGCAGUUCAGAAUGCCGUUCAGCAGAGAUCAUGAUCGAUGAGGAAAUGGAGAAAACCGCGAAUGCUACAGCUCCCGGGGACUCAUCUGAUUCGUACAAUGGCCAUGGCAACCUUUUUGAGACCGGCCUCGAAGAAACCGAGUAAGCAAAGCCGCUUCCCAUCACCGUCUCCUCCACUGUUAGCCAUGCAGAUCGUCCGUUCACAAAGAGCUGUUUCCAUGUUCAUUUUAUCUGCAGCCAUGGAUGAUCAUCAAUCAAAACCUUUUUGUACAUUGCGUCCGUUUUCACUGCUUUGUGCUUCUAAACUUGGUGGUAUAGGUGGUGGGGAGUCUUCUUUCGGCAUUGAGAAAUAAUUGAGACAUAUUUUUGUUUUCUUGCUUUUGUUGUUGUCAUUUUAUUCCAAAGAAAGGGGUUGGUAUGCCGAUUGUCAUGGCUCCCCAAUUUUCUGUCCCUCUAAAGGAAUAUCAGAGUCCCUGUAUGAGCAUCCAAAUGAACUUGAGCUUUUUACCUUCAACAAUAUAAACUCGCCUUCAUAGUUUCAUUAACAAA